UUUCUUUGUGUGGCAGAAGUUCUUGAAAUGACAUAUUUUCCUCCCCUUCGUUAAAAAGAAAAAUCACUUAUCUCCCCACUUUCUCCAGCCAGAAUGGUGUCCGGUGGCUGGGUGGGAGAAGGACCUUUAGAGAAGUGCAGGGGCGAAAAAGUCUAAGGAUAAAUGAUUUAGAGGGCCGGGUCCAGGAGGGAUGCUGGGAGCUUUGACUCACUCGCACACCAUGUGUCCCUCCGCGCGCAGCACGGGGGACUUUUCGGUGGGGAUUUUGGGCGCCGACCAGACGCGGCAUUUUCGGAAAAUAGCGCCCUGUGCAGCUGAAGCGCUUUGUGUGUAGCGGGGCUGCGUCAGCCCGGCCGGGUACGAGGCGUCUUGGGUCUCUGCACCACCUCCUGCUGCUCCCCCAGUGCCGCUCCCGAAGCUUUUCCAGAUGUCCCUGGUAGAUUUGGGAAAGAAGCUUUUAGAAGCCGCACGAGCAGGUCAAGAUGAUGAAGUUCGUAUUUUGAUGGCAAAUGGAGCUCCUUUUACUACAGACUGGCUGGGAACUUCUCCACUUCAUCUGGCAGCACAAUACGGGCAUUAUUCCACCACAGAGGUGCUACUCCGAGCUGGUGUAAGUAGGGAUGCCAGAACCAAAGUGGACCGGACACCAUUACAUAUGGCAGCUUCAGAGGGCCAUGCCAGCAUAGUAGAGGUGUUGCUUAAGCAUGGUGCUGAUGUUAAUGCAAAAGACAUGCUAAAGAUGACAGCUCUACAUUGGGCCACAGAACACAAUCAUCCAGCAGUGGUGGAACUUUUAAUCAAAUAUGGUGCUGAUGUACACACACAAAGUAAAUUUUGUAAAACCGCAUUUGAUAUUUCAAUAGACAAUGGGAAUGAAGAUUUAGCAGAGAUACUACAGAUUGCAAUGCAGAACCAAAUCAACACAAACCCAGAGAGUCCUGACACUGUGACGAUACAUGCUGCAACACCACAGUUUAUCAUUGGACCUGGAGGGGUGGUGAACCUAACAGGUCUGGUAUCUUCAGAAAAUUCAUCCAAGGCAACAGAUGAAACGGGUGUCUCUGCAGUUCAGUUUGGAAACUCAUCUACAUCAGUAUUAGCUACAUUAGCUGCCUUAGCUGAAGCAUCUGCUCCCUUGUCCAAUUCUUCAGAAACUCCCGUAGUGGCCACAGAGGAAGUAGUUACUGCAGAAUCUGUGGAUGGUGCAAUUCAACAAGUAGUUAGUUCAGGGGGUCAGCAAGUCAUCACAAUAGUUACAGAUGGAAUUCAGCUUGGAAAUUUGCACUCCAUCCCAACCAGUGGAAUAGGUCAGCCCAUCAUUGUGACCAUGCCAGAUGGACAACAAGUAUUAACAGUACCAGCAACCGACAUUGCUGAAGAAACUGUUAUAAGUGAAGAGCCACCAGCUAAGAGACAAUGUAUCGAAAUAAUUGAAAACCGGGUGGAAUCUGCAGAAAUAGAAGAGAGAGAAGCUCUUCAGAAACAGCUGGAUGAAGCAAAUCGAGAAGCACAAAAAUACCGGCAGCAGCUUCUAAAGAAAGAACAGGAAGCAGAGGCCUACAGACAGAAAUUAGAAGCAAUGACUCGUCUUCAGACUAAUAAAGAAGCUGUUUAACUGAAAUGAACAUGUCGUUUGAUUUUACUUUUGGUCAAGAAAGAAUACAAUCUUGAACUGUACACAAUACAGGUACAGUCAUGGGAAUACAGGAUAAUUGAAGAGACUACAGAUUGAUAAUUGGACUUAAGCCAUGAGCUCUGAAUUGUUGUAACAUAAAACUUUACUCUAGAACUUGUUAAAUGUAUUUAAAACUGAAUUCUGUAAAUAGUUUUUUUUUUACAGUUCCAAAUGAGAAAGAUUGUUAAAGAGAUUCCAAAACACAAUAAGCCACUGUUUUUGUGAAUUCUUUUUGAUUUUAGUAUUAGUAUGAACCUUAAUUUCUCAGAAACAGAACAGUUUUAAGGGUGAUCGUUGUCGAUUAGACCAAAUGUGUAUAAUUAUGUGGUGGACUGAUGCUGGAAUAUUCCUGUAGGUAUAUACUUCUAUAUGAAGAGAAGAUUUCUCCCAGGAAAUCUUUAUAUAGCUUUAAGUUGUCUCAGAUUCUCUGAAAACAUUUUUUAGAAAGCAAAACUUUUAUAUUUGUUCAAUUUCAGCUAUACCCAAGUAGAUUUACAUGUAUAUGAAGCAAAUAUUUUUUAAACUUUCUGUUUGUACAUAUUUUGCAUGUUUUCUAAUUUCAAAAGGCAUCACCUGCAUAAGUAUUUUCCCCACAAAGAUGAUGAAAGUUACUAGGGGGGGAAAAAGCCUUUUAUUCUAUAGGCCAUUGAAAUUAAGUAAGCUUGCAGCUGGUUUUAUUGGAAUGACAAUGUCCUUGGAAGGAGCAGCUUACAAGAUAACUUGACUUUGCAAAAUCUAUGCUUUUUUGAAAAUUUCGUAGUGGGGACGUGAACCGUACUCUGUGCCUCCCAUCAUGGUUUCCACAUGAAAGCACUUUAAGGCACUGGAUUUUAAGAUAAUGCUUUUGGAAAACUCAACGUGUAUGGGCUUCUGAAAUACUUCAUGGACUCACCCCCUUCCCCCAGGAAAUUAUUCUUAUGGACAAAAAUUGCUUUUGUAUGUAGAACAAGAACUUUUUGUACUACAGCGAUGCUAUAGAUGUGUCUAACGUUAACUUUUGCUUUUCUCUGUGAAAGCUGUAUGUCUGUGCUGUGACCUGCUUUCAUCACAAGAUUGUUAAAUUCCACAAUGUAUGGACAUUAAACUCUGACAUGCUGUUCAUUCUUUUUUGUAAAAUAUAACUUCAGGCCCCUUUUUCUUUUUCUUUUUUUUUUUAAGUGUUUUAUUGCUUUAUGAACAUGUUUAUCUAACCCUAAAACCCCUCUAGGUUACCUAUACUGUAUAAAGAAGCAGUUACCCUUAGAACUGUGCUCUGGCCUACUUUUCUAUUUUACAAUUAAAUAUCUUUUCCACAUAUGUUCAGUGUAGACUUAUAUUUUUGACCACAUCUUAAUCAUACCUUAAAAAUUAUAUUCU